CACACGCACACCGCACGGACGGCUCGACGCGCGAGCACAAGGCCCGUCAGUCGUUGGACCACGCGCUACUCUUCCGGGUGUCCAGUGAAUCGGUUACCUCUGCCCGAGUCGCACGGACUUCUCUGUACCUACUACUGUCGUCGGAGUGUUGUUUAUGAAAAUUAAAAAUUUUACGUUUGCGUUCGUGUGCGUUAUUUGUAUUACCGCAAAAAUAAAAAGACUUUGAAUAUUUUUUUUUUUUUUGUUUACGUUUUUCGAAAAAACCUAAAUAGUGUUCCAAAAACAUUUUGGAUUUUUGUUUGUGUUUGUCGAGUGCGUUUCGGCUUGAUCACUUUGCCACGGUCGUAAGGCGUUUUUUUUUUUUUGCUUCGAACUUAAUUAAUUUCGAAGAAGGAUAAAAAAAAAUUUUAUAAAAAAAAACUAUAUCUUGGUGGACAAUUUUUCUUUAAACAAAAAAAAUCACCCACCAUGGCUAUACCGUUUAACUUGCCGGCCGAACGCGACCCCGAAGAUCAUCAUUAUCUGAGGAUCGAGAAUUUGCUCAAAGAACUGCUCACGUUGCUCAGAUGGACUCCUUGGACUUCUCUUACCGGUGUUUCUGUGGAAACUUCGUCGACCACCACCACCACGGCCGAACCACCUACUGCGGGCCAGCGUCGCCGGCAGACCGUCCGAGGACCGGACCAUCACAGGCGGACGUCCGGCGCUCAACAGCAACAGUUACCGGACUUGAUCAGGUCUUGCACGCCCAAAGUGGCCGCCGCCGCCGAGAAGAAACCCACCAGAACCGUGUUCCUCCAGGUGGAACUGUGCCCGACUUGCUAUUACAACAGCCAAAAGUUGAAGGUGCUCGGCGUGACCAAGUUGGAAAAAUCGUCGGCCGACCAACAACAACAGAUGACCAUCGCCGACCCGGGCGCGGUGUCACCCAGAAUCGCCGCCGAAUCAUCACCAACGAUCGACAUGGACGACGCGGUCGCGGAAGACAGUUCAAAAGUAAAACGGCGACUGAUGUCGUUGUUGCAACCUUCGAAAAUCGACUCGUCCAUACUGACGGCCGUGUUUGUAAUAAUCGGUUGGAAGAUGUUCAUCAAACAAUAAUCGGUACCUAUCUACACCUAUCUACCUAACUACCUAUACCAAGUUCAUCGCGACAACGUGAGAAAAUUAAAAAAAACAAAACAAAACGAGAGAGAGAGAGAAAACACAAUUUUUGUACGUCUAAAAGACUCGAAAGUUCCAGUCAUGGUUUUAGUGACUAUUUUUUUUUUUUAAUAAUAAUAAUAAUAAAAAAAAAAAACUUAUAUUUUUUAUGCUAAUCAAAUCGACCCGUUGAUCUCAAAUAUUAUUGCUUGCUGAAUUGUGAGAUGAUCCGCAACCGUAGCCAAACAUUUAUUUUUUUUUAAAUUAUUUUUUUAGUUGUACCUUUAGUUUAUUAUUAUUAUUCAUAAUAUUAUAUAAAACGCACGUCUAUCGUGAUCUAUAGACGCGCUUUUGUUUUUACUACUACUGUACAUAUACAUAUAUAUUUUUUAUUUUAUUUAAUACGUUUUUUGUGUACUUAUAACUUUUUUUUUUUUUUGUAAUUAAUCUCUAUAUUUCUACGCUUUUUCUGUUGUAUUUUAAUAUCGUUUCACAUGGAAAUUCUGCGGUUUCAGUCCCAGAUCUGUUCACGUUUUGAUCUCGUUUUUGUAAAACUAUAGCUUUUGGAACGGCAUCGCCGACCGAGUCGAUUGGCCGGCGGUUGAAUUAGUACGAAACGCUGUAAUAAUUUUUUUUUAAUUUUAUUAUUCUCACUGUACAUAAAUAUAAUAAUACUACUUUUUAAUUUUCCUAUUAACGUACUUUUUAUUACACGACUCUUUUUUUUAAACAAUUAAAAUUCUUACAGUAAAAAAAAAAAAAACACAAAUUCUCUGUGAACGUUUUUUUCUUGUUUCUCUUGGGUACUUUUUUGAAUAUUUUUUUUUUUCAUUUUUCGAAACGGUUGGGGUCUAACGGUACGCGGCUACUACGCGCGUUCGGUUCGACGACGAGUUUGUAAUAUUGGAAACGUUAUCAUAAUAACAUGAUAAUCGCUCUGUGUAAAUAAUAAUAAACGCUUGUUGGAUUUUUUGUCAUACCUAAUAAUAAUAAUAGUAAUAUAAUAAUAAUAUAUCAUUAAGUCGCAUGUGAAUUUUUUUCUGAUUAAUAUUUUUUUUUAUUUAUAAUUUUCAUUUUCAUUUUUUUUUUUUUAAGCAUUUCUGUGGUGUUAAAAAACUUGCGAACGUCCCGGGUCGUUCAUACGUUUCGAGCUUAAAUUUAAUAUACACAAAGCGAAUUUUCCACUUGGGCGUUCCUAGUUUCGCCCAUCAAAGCGUUUCUGUGAUUAUGCCAUUUUUUUUUAUAUACGAUAUAUAUAUCAUAUAUAUAUAUACAUUUUGUACAUAAAUAUAUAUAUAAAAAAAAAAAAAUGAUAUUUAUACAUACAUUAACUAUUAACGAUUUUUUGAUCUCUUUUCGUAGGACAUAAGUAGUGUUUUUUUUUUUUUAGAUAUUAGUGUAAAUUUAUUAUUUUAGCGUUAGAGUAGGUACUCAUAAGUUAAACAUGUUGAUGUUGUAAUAUUGUUAAAAACGAUCAUCUCUCUCUUCGGCGAACAUUGUAACAUUUUAAUGGACUUGGCCACGUCAAAAUCAUAUAAAGAGUUGAAUAAUAAUAAUAACAAUAAUUUGUAUUGUCAGAAGACUUGAUUAUUAUAAUAUAAGCGUUUUGUGAUUGAACAUUUUUUUUUUUUUUAGUAUUAUAUUGUAGACAUAGUUUUUUUUUUUUGAAAUAUUUAUUUUAUAAUGUAUAUACACACACACAUUUAAAUUUUGCAUACACAUAUGAAGAUAUUUAUUUUAAAUUAUGUUUAAAAAAAAGCAAAAAAAAAAAAUGAAAUGUUUAAUAUUUUAUCGUUGCAAAAUUAUUUUAUAAAAAUAUGAUAUUAUGUUAAUUUGUGUUUUUCGAUCUCGAAUCAGCAUAUAAUUAUUGUAUAAUAUUAUUGUCAUUAUUGUUUACCCAAAAACAUGUUUCCAUACAACAACAAAACCGUGACUUGUCUUAUGUUAUUAAAGUAUAAUAUUACAAUGUGCAUUUUCCUCCCCCUACCCCUGUUCUUAGAAUGUAGUAGACUUUUAACGUUAGCCUGAAAAUAAUUUUAGAGCUAAUUUUUAUUAUUAUUAUUUUUUUUAAUCAUAAUUUUUGUACUCGGCGUGGGUACACCUAUUGUACGGUGUCCGCUGCAUCUUGCUACCGUUGUCUUUCUUUUGUAUCAUAUAAUAUUAUAUUAUAAUAUAUUACCUACUAUAAAUACCUAUAAAACAUUUUGUUUGUUUUAUU